CCAGGCCCUUGGUACAGAUAGCAUAAUAUCGUAGCUCAUCGAGAAACUACUUCCCUGCUGUCUAUUGAGAUAUAUAACGCAUCUAGUGUCUUUUCGUCUAUUACAUUCAGUAUAGCUUGACCCUUGCCUUUCCUUCUAACCUCACCCCAUCUCUCCUUCCCUCUCUACAUCUUUUUAUUUCCACUCGCCCACUUCACUUCACUUGACCUCCCCUCACCUCCUGGUAGAUCCUACAUCUCGAGCUUCUUCAACACUUCCUCUUCCUGACUGUCUCCCCUCCAGACCACCACUCCCACAAAGAUGCAUCUCUCUCUCGUCCUGUCUACUACUCUCCUCGCCGCACUGGUUUCUGCCCAGGGCACUCUCGAGCUGCCAACCUGCGCAAUUUCAUGUAUCUCAGACUCUUUACCCGCCGACUGCGGUGGCGCACCAGCAUGCAUCUGUGGGCGAGCCUCCUUUAUUGAAGGGAUCUCUUGCUGCAUCUUCACUUCUUGUGACGAGGCCGACUCAGAAAAAGCACUCAACUAUGCCCACGGUAUCUGCGACCCUACGGGCGAAGGUGGACUCCUGCCUGCGCAAGCUGGGUGUGCAGAUAACAGUACCACCAAUGGCACAGACACCACCAGCACCACCUCCUCCGCUACCGAGUCCUCCAGUACCGAAUCCUCCGCAACUACUACCGCCUCUGGCACGGAGUCGGCUGCCUCAACCACUUCAGGAUCUGAAACCACAACCACCUCGGCCUCAGAGUCUGGCUCAGCAUCGCCUGCUGCCAGUGCAACGGAUGCCGCCGCCGUCGUUGGCGUUCACGUCGGAAUGGGUGCCGCUGCCGCUCUGGCUGUUGGUGUCGCUGCGUUGCUCUAAGUGGCAUGAAUCACAACGCACUAUCCCCAACGGAUACCAUGGACUGGUAUGCCUGACAUUCAGAUGGUCUCAAGACUGAGGCCGAUGGUCUAAUAGCGCAGCUUUAUCGCAGAUCUCUUACAUGGACAAUAUUAUACACAUGACACAAGGCUUUUUGCCGCCAUUUUUCACUCUCA